AUGGAAGAGAAAAAUAAGAAUGUAGAAUUAAUUACAUCGGAUUAUAUAGAAAAUGAAAUAUUGGAAAAAUAUGAUAUUUUUUCUAAGGCAUAUAGUUCUAGUGAUAAUUUAAGUUUUGUUGACAGCGAAGAAGAUCAGUCUGCAAAAAAUUUAGACGAUUCGAAGAAAAAAAAUAUAUUAAGUUUAACAGUACAUAAUAUUAUAAAUAUAUACCCUAACAAUGAAAGAAAUAGAGAGUUCAAAAAAUAUAAAGAAAAAAAGAUUGAAGAGAAAAGGAAGAAACAUUAUGAAGAAGAAAAGGAAAUUAUAGAACAGAAGAAGAAGAUAUAUGAAGAGAAGAGAAAAAUAAAAUUAGAAAAAUACAAAGUUGAAAAAAUGAAAAAGAAAUUAAUAGAAAGAGAAAAAUAUAAUAAAGAAAAUAUCGAAUAUAAUUAUAUAACCAUAUUUAAUUAUUUCGAUUAUUUAAUGACUAAUAGAAAACAUUAUGAUAUAUAUUUUUCAUUUCAUGAUUUGUAUAUAUCCCCUAUGAGAUUAUAUUAUUUUAUUAAUAUGAAUAUUGAUGAGAUAUAUUAUUUAGAUAUGUCAAGAAAAUGGUUAUCAGAUAAUUACGUGUCUAUUAUAUUGGAAUUAUGUUCAUGUAAAAAAGUGAAAAUAUUAAACUUGUCAUAUAAUAAAAUAAGUUACAAAAGUAUCAAAUUGUUUUGUGAUUUUUUAAAGGAAAAUAAGUUUUUAUUUUAUCUUAGUUUAGAAAACAAUGAUUUAACAAAUCAAGGAAAUAAAGGGGAAGUAAUAAAUGAAUUAUUUGAUGUUCUUAGAAAUAAUAAAUCUAUAAAAAUAUUAAACCUGGCUAAUACAAAUAUGAAAAAGGAAAAUGCAGAACGUUUAUGUAGUAUGUUAGAAAUUAACAAAAUUAUCACUGACAUAAAUAUUGAGAACAAUAAUUUUACUUCUGAUCAAAAUUAUAGGAUCAUAUCAUAUUUAAUGAGAAAUAAAAAAAUAUGGAUAGAACAAGCAGAACGUGAAAAAGCGGAAAAUGAAAAAAUGGAAAAAGAAGAAAAUUAUAUGCACACAUAUAUAAUGUCUGUGGAAUCGUCUAUUAUUGAAAUUGAAAAUAGAGAACGACGAAGGAGUUUGAACAAAAUG